AUGGACGCGCUAGCGGCGUACCAGUCCGAGAGUGAAGAGGAGGUUCCUUCUGUGCCUACAUCCUCGGGUGCUCGUGUGCCGGUCACCGAUGCACAGAGUGAGAGCGAGAGUGAGAGUGAGAGUGAAGUCGAUCCCAAGGACGCCUUCGGAUUGCAGCACGCCGUGUCGUCAACGUCGAAUGCUCCCACCAGCACAGCGCUUGUGAGUGCUACAGCUGCGCCUGUGGUGGCCGAAAAGCAGGAGGCAUUAGAUGUCCAGCCAACAACACAGAGCGUGGCGCCUGGUGGGACCAAGACACUGACAGGCUACGUUGAAGAAACGGCCAUAUCCGAUUUUGAUUUCCGGAAUCAGCAGCGGACCUUUGAUGUGCUGGGCUACGCUCGGAAUCCCAGCGCGUACGCCGCAGGCACGUCGGCAACCAAUGCGCAGGCCUUUGUGGGCGAUCACGAGGCCGCACACCAAAUGCAAGGCGCGACCCUGGCUGACUUGCGUGGCGGCACAGCAGACACGCGACGGCAAUCGCGGGCGAUGCGCCGGAAGCGCAAAGGACGCAUGGGUGAUGCAUCCAUUGUCGAUGGCGAAGGUGCAUAUGUGGGCCCUUGGGGCGGCUGGGACGACGAGGUAGCGCCUAGGGCGUUUGAGCCUGCACCGGCGACCGACAUGGGCCCGACGCCCGAAGAGCUCGAAGCAGCGAAGCAAGCUGCCGAGAAGCGCAAGCGCGAGGCGUCCGAGUACGAGCGGCGCCGACAAAUGGACGAGUCGCAUGGUACCGAAAAGAGUAUUUUCCAUGGUGAGUCGCUGUACGAUUACCAAGGCCGAACAUAUAUGCAUAUUCCGACAGAUACCGAUGUGAACCUACGUGGCGAGCCUGGCGAUACGGAAUCGUUCUUGCCGGAAAUGUGUAUUCACACGUUUACCGGGCACAACAAAGGAAUUACAGCGCUUCGCCUGUUCCCACAGAGUGGUCACUUGAUGCUGAGUGCGAGCAUGGAUACCAAGAUCAAGCUGUGGGAUGUGUACCACGAAGGGCGCUGCCUACGUACGUUUUUGGGCCAUUCCAAUGCGGUGCGUGACGUUACGUUUACGAACGAUGGACGUCAGUUCCUCUCGGCUGGCUACGACUGCCAAGUCAAGUUGUGGGAUACCGAGACAGGUGCCUGUCUGCAGGCGGUCAGCUUUGACGACGUGCCGCUGUGUGUGCGUUUCAAUCCUGACGCAGACAAACAGCACAUUUUCCUUGCUGGCACGAACGAUAAGCGCAUUGUGCAGUACGAUUUGCGGGAGCAGCAAAUUACGCAGGAGUACAACCAGCACCAGGGCCCAGUGAACACAGUGACGUUUGUCGAUAUGAACCGCCGUUUCAUCUCGACGAGCGACGAUAAGAGUUUGCGUGCGUGGGAUUGGGACAUUCCCGUUCCGAUCAAACUGGUAGCGGACCCGUUGAUGCACUCCAUGCCUUCCGCGACAUUGCACCCAUCGCAACGGUGGCUGGCGUGCCAAGGUAUGAACAAUACCAUCAGCGUGUACUCCACCGACACGUUCAAGCCACGCAAGAAGACAUUCCGUGGGCAUACAACCGCUGGGUUUGCGUGCCAAAUUGGGUUUAGCCCGGAUGGCAGGUUCAUGUCGUCCGGCGAUAGCCAGGGCGAUCUCGUGUUCUGGGACUGGAAAAACGGCAAGGAAUUGAAGCGCCUUUCAACACACAAGGAUGUGGUCAUUGCGCACGAAUGGCUGCCGCAUGAAACGGAGUCCAAAAUCGUAACGGGUGCCUGGGAUGGCCUCAUCAAACUCUGGACGUAA